GUCAGAUCACUAUGGAAAAAAAAAAGGAAAGAAAAACCCUUUUGGGAUAAAAGGGAAAAUGUUAAAUUAUAUGUAUAAGUGAUGAUAAUUAACUAUCAGAAAUUCGGGUGUGAACUAUACAGUGAUUUGCAAUCAAGAAUAUCUUGGAGUGCCGGCCAAUUAUAUUAUUUUCUUAGAUACCGCCAUUCCAAUUUUUUGUCAAGUAAAGUCUCUAAGGCUAUUUUCAAGUAGAAGAUGAACUGAACUUUAAUCCCAUAUAUGAAUUUUGAUGUUCCCAAAAAGGCUUCAAACUAAGUUUCUAUCCAGGACGAUUUUAUGCACCUGAAUAGAUCAGUUCUCCAAAAGCAGAUCAGAUCAGCUUCCUGAGUUCAUUUUUCUACUUGAAAAUAGUUUAAGAUUCCAAUUUCAUGAAAGGAAUAACCAGAUCUCUCGACACAAAUUCUCUGGAUCUGCUGGACAGAAAAAACACAAUUGUAUCCUUGAUACAACCCUGCUCACCCAUGAGGAUUAUAGCAACCAUGUCUACACCCAACUCAAAAGUUUCAAUAUUUCCAUUUGUUGAUAAGGCAUCUGCAGAGCAAGCAGGCAGAGGAGAGCGAUACGAUCAUGGCCGUAAAGGCUGGCCUUCUAUAUGUGCAAUUCUAUUUGAGAUGGACUAUCUAGCUCACUCCCAAAUCCCUGAACCCUCUGACCAUCUUGGUGAACACUUUGUCAAUCAUCUUCUUUCAAUACAAAAACGAAUUUCUGAUAAUUAA